AUGGAAGGGUUCCCAUUCGAACCGGAUUACCCCCCGGACCCCGACCACCUGUGGAGGUGGAACAUGCUCUUGUUUGUGGACGAGACCUAUCGAACCUGGUUGCCCAUCAUCAUCAAGGUACACCUCGUGAGCCCUGGGCGGGCCCUGCCUGCAAGUGAGCCUCGGCCCAGCCCCUCGAGUUCCUCGGGCCCAGAGGAGCCUCUCCUGUCCCGCAUGAUGGAGGGUAGCCUCCAGGUGCUCAUGCGCCAGGAAGACUACCCCUUGGAUAACCCUCUGAGUCCCACUGAGAUGACUCCGAGCCUCCUGCCUUUGUUGUAUCAGCUGUACCCUGAAAGAAGAUACCGAGGCUCAGACUCCAGCCUCUGGCGCAUAGUGUACCACAUCGAGUACAACAGGGUAGAGGACAUGCUCCUGGAAAUGCUGCCGACCCCUGAAUGA